GCGAGAUCCGACGAGACCAGCUUUCUUCUCGUCCAGCAUGGCCGCGCUGUAUGAGGGAUACACGUUGUGCGGACUCGUUCCAGCUCAAAAUCAGUCAAAUUCAGGCAUUCAGGAGGUCGAGGAGGAGAGAGACUGCGACCAUGUCUUGGUCACCGACUCAACCCGAUCCGUCACGUUGUAUAAGGUUUCUGACCAAAAGCCGCUGAGCAGCUGGACAGUGAAACAGGGACAGACUCUGACGUGUCCGGCCGUCUACAACUCACAGACAAAGGAGUAUGUGGCGGUCUCGGACAACAAGGUGAUCAGAAUUUGGAAGGAAGAAGACAUACUCCUAGAAAAGACCUUCAAAGCAACCGUGUCAUCGGAUAUCCGGAGGGUCCACAGUGUACCUGGAGGGGAGCCUGUGGUUUUGUUCCAAAGAGGAGCUGUGAGACUCCUGGACUCUCUCCUUUCUGCUCCCCAGCAGCCCAUCGAGGAAGUCCUUUCUCAAGAAGAGGCGAUUCGGUGGAGUACUCUCGUAGUGGUGGAGUCACAGCAGUUUGUCAUCUUCACAACUGAACAGAAAGGAGAGAAUUUUCUCUACCUGCAGAGGCUGAAUCCAAACACCCUGCAGAGGUACCGACUGGAGAGAGAGGAGCCUGGCCUGUCCCCGCUCAGCUUCUCUGCAUCCUACACCGACAAACACAUACGCCUGCUUUAUCUCUACCCUAACGGUCACGUGUACCAGAGUGUGGUCUCUGUGAGGGGUCUGGGUGCUGAAGAGGGGGCCCAGGCUCUCCCCCUGCCCCGCAGCCUGCUGCUCGUACUGCCUGUCGGUGACGGUCUGCUGGAGGCAGCGUCGGCCCUGGUCCUGGAUGAAGCCCAUGUAGCCGUCGUAGGGGUUCCACACCCCUCAGCCGGAGCUGGAAAAGACUUUCUCUGCAUCUGGAACACAAAUUUCCAGACGCUUCAGGCAGGAAAAGAGAUGGCGGGUAAAAUCUAUGGACAGCUGUGGAGUUUUUCCAACAAGUUGUUCAUUCCACACGGCAAAGCGCUCUCUGUUAUUCCGUACGAGUGUCCCAAAUCAUGCCUGGCCUCUGCGCUGGGAAAACUACGGCAGGCCAAGAGUGACGAGUCCAAAGCUCCAGCUUCUGUACCGUCUUGGAAUAACCUUCUGCACGGGGAGAAAGCUCCGCCCUCCAGAGCGGUGGAGACGAGGAAAACUAGAACAACCCGCAAGUCCCAGUCAGCGCCUAGUUCAACAUUUGACCAAGUUCUGGAGCUCAUCAAGACUGCACCAGCAGAAGAGAUCCAGAAGGAGGUGGACGGGCUCAUUUCCAGGUCAGACAUGCAGGAUCUGCAGCCCUCCGUCGGGCAGCUAGCAUCGGCCCUCGUGUCCCGAAGCCUGGAUGAUGCCGCUUUCUACGCGCCCAGUACCCUUGCACAGCUAGUGCACACUCGCUCCCUGUGCCACAGUGUGUGUCCUGACCUCGUGCUCCUGGCCCUGGAGAGGAAGGACUACUUUCUGUGUCAGCUCUGCCUGCAGUUCUUCCCCGACAUCCCGGAAGCUGUCACCUGUGCCUGUCUUAAGACUUUCAUCAGUAUGUCAGACGUCGAUGCAGAGAAGGUGAGCCUCGAGCCUGACAGCGUCUCCUUCAUGGAAACCCUGAUGGCCGGAGAGCGUGGCCCCGUCGGGUUACAGAAUGGCUUCAGCCCCACCUCCUGUGACGAGGAGCGCUCGGACACCCUGAGCGGAGGAGGCGCCGUCACCAACACCAGAGCAGAGGACAAGGAGAAGAUCUCCACUCCACCAGAACAGAUCUGUCCUGUGGGAUUACACAAGACCGUCCUACUAAAUGAAGUCCUGCUGACGGCAUACAGCGACACUUACCUUCUCCCACACCUUAAAGAUCUCUCCUCCCAGCAAGUUGUCCUUUUCCUCCAGUACCUGCAGUACCUUUACCUGAAAUAUUCCCAGGAUGGGUUCCCACAGAUGAAUGGAUUGAGAUCACCAAGUCUGUCUCAGGUCAUGGACUGGGUGUGCCUGCUGUUGGACGCACAUUUCACCGUGCUCGUGAUGACUCCAGAGGCCAAAGGGUUACUGCUGAACCUCCACCGGUUCGUCAAGUCUCAGGUGAGACUGGUGUCGGAGCUGGGGAAGAUCGAGGGCAGCCUGCAGGAGCUCAAUAAGAUGAAGGGGACGAAGACGGACGUUGGACAAUACUCAAUAGAAGUCAUUGAGCUGUUUUAAAAUAUCAACAACUUAGUGUUUUUAGAAUUUGUCUUCUUCCAACUUUUCACAGUCUUGUGCUCGCUCAACUCGGUUUGAUUUAAAGUCUCAGACCACCAGAUCCAGGAGUGUUACCCUAUAUCAAGAUAAUCCAUUAUUUGGUUUGCAUGAUGAACUAAAGUUAAAAUUAUGCCGGUUCAUUAUGAAUUGCGAGAGUGAACAGCUUUUUUUGUGUCCUUACGCAUCUGAAUAUUUGUAAAUCUGUCUGCUGUGACUUUGUACUGUUUGACACAGGAUGGCUUUUUAUGUUGAAUACAAAUAUAUUACAAAAUCAAAACCUUAA